AUGCCAUCCGUCGAAACACUUGACCACGACGUGUCUCCCAUCUCGUCGCCUGCUCUUUCGCGUGUCAACAGCAGGAACAGUGCUGUCUCAUCUUUGGAUAUCUCUCCUGUUUCUUCGCCAGUCUUCUCGCCUACUCAGCUAUCAAGCUCUGGCCAUGGAGCGCCAGCUUCAGACACAGCAACACAAACCUCAUAUGACCACUCUUUCACCGAUGCAGAUGACUGGUUUGGACGCUUCCGCGAUGACCUAGAUAUCUCUGACGAAUGCCCUGAUCGCGGACAACUCUCUGUCGCUGGACAGGUCCCUGUAUACGAUGCCAAUGGAAACUCGCGACUCUUCAGCACUUUCUUUACAGGUCUGGAUGCCAUUGGCGACAGACAGUUCAUCAUCUUCGUGCGACACUUUUACUGCGGCAUCCUGACUAAUCUUCUGUUCCUGCAGGCUUGUCAAGCUUACAUGAAAGCCAUUGCCGAAGCCAUCACCAUGCAAGCUUACUACACCAUGCGCGUUCCUACAAACAUCGUUGUCAUUGGCUGUGGUUCGCCAUCCAUGAUUCCCUUCUACAAGCAGUCCACUGGCUGCCCUUUCCCCAUUUUCGCCGACCCUACACGCAAGCUCUACAAGGCUUUGGGUAUGACACUAACCCUCAACAUGACCGGACCUAAGAGACCGCAAUACAUGAAGGAUAUCCCUCUACACAAGUGGCAGGUCCAACAAUGGUCGACAAUGGCAAAGCCACCCAAAGGAUAUUCACGCUUCAAGGGUGGUAACCUGCUCCAAAUCGGUGGCGAGUUCUUGUUCCAGGACGGCCAGGUUGUCUGGUGUCAUCGUAUGAAGAACAUGCGUGGUCAUGCCGAAGUCGAUGUCGUCAAGCGCGUCUUGGAACUGGACGACUAA